AUGGGAUCAAACAUAGUUGUUGUAGCACUAUUUCAAGAAGGAACCUCUCAAGGAAAUCUUCCAAUUCUGCCAAAUAAAGAUGAAAAUGGUCAAGUCAUAGUAUUAACUGAUCCACUUGACUUAGAUGACUACACUAAUGAACAAUCAGUUGUCAUAAUAGUGAAUGCCAAAGCAAAAAAUCUGUUGUAUAGUGCUAUCAGUGGAGAAGAAUAUGAAAAGAUAUCGAGCUGUGAAACUGCUAAGGAAAUGUGGGAUAAAUUAGAGGUCACGCAUGAAGGAACCAACAAAGUGAAAGAAAUAAGGAUCAAUCUCCUUGUUCGGGACUAUGAAUUAUUUCAAAUGAAGGAUAAAGAAUCAGUAGAGGGAAUGUUUUCAAGAUUCAGGAAAAUCCUUCGAGAUUUAAAGUCAUUUGGUAGACCAAUAUAA